AUGGACCCCAAAACGGGCGGUGCCGAGGAGGAUGACUGCGUGGACUCGGGCGCCGAGACCGGAGGGUCUGACUACAGCCACAUGUCCUCCACCAGCAGUGAGCUCUCGGUGGAGGAGGCGCAGGACCCUUUCCUGGUUAGCAUCCACAUUAUUGCAGACCCGGGGGAAUCCCAACCCCUGCAGGAGGCCAUCGACAAGGUCUUGGCUUGGAUCCACCCAGACCUGCAGCUCUUCCGGGUCUCAGAAAGGCGGGCGUCCCGGCGGCGGCGGAAGCCCUGGAAGGUGGCGCAGCCGGCGCUGGCCGUGGUUCUCUUCCUUCAGGAGGAGUAUGGCGAGGAGCAGAUCCUGCAGCUGCACCGCACGCUGCAGCGGCCGCCCUGGCGCCACCACCACACGGAGCGCGUGCCCGGCAGGUUCCUGCCCUACCUGCCCUGCAGCCAGGACUUCUUCACGCUGGCCCCCGGGACCGCGCUGUGGGCCAUUCGGCCCGUGCACUACGGCAAGGAAAUCGUGCGCUUCACCAUCUACUGUCGCCAUGACAACUACGCCGACAUCCUCAAGUUCUACGAGCUGAUCCUCCGGCGCAGCCCCAGCCAGAGGAAGACGGACUUCUGCAUCUUCCCCAUUUUCUCCAAUCUGGAUGUGGACAUCCAGUUCUCCCUGAAAAGGCUACCCUGUGACCAGACCCCCGUCCCCACCGACUCCUCGGUGCUGGAGUUCCGGGUCAAGGACAUCGGUGAGCUCGUGCCUCUCUUGCCCAACCCCUGCAGCCCCAUCAGUGAGGGCCGCUGGCAGACAGAGGACCUCGACGGGAACAAGAUCCUCCUGCAGGCGCAAAGAGUGCACAAGAGGUUCCCGAAGGCCGGCAGAAGCCACCACUCGUCAGAGCAGAAACCUCCUCCCAUGCCUUCCCCCAGCACCACCGCACCAAGCUGGAUGCUUGGCAGCAGCCAGCAGCCCCUACUGGACAGCUCACAUCUGGGGCCCGGCCAGACAGGCCAGCCAGCUGGGCACCAGCAGGAAUCUGCCAGACGAGCCAGCAGCCCUCCCAGCUUCCCCUGGUCCUUCCAGAGAAGCAAGUCCUUGUUUUGUUUGCCCACAGGAGACCCCUCCCCGGGAUCCUCAGCUCUACCACAGUGGUUUUCAAGCACAGAUGCCCCAGGGCACAGGGCAUCGGAGGGGAGGCACAGCCACCUCCUCUCCAUCGAUGACUUGGAGGGGGCCCAGGAGACCGACGUGGACACGGGCCUCCGGCUGUCCUCCUCGGACCUCUCUGUGGUCUCUGCCUAUUCGGCACCCAGCAGGUUCUGCAGCACUGUGGAGACAACCCUCCCCCCUGAAAGAUGUAGCAGCCACUGGUCAAAGCCCAAGGGUUUCAGAGAAGGACUGCUGCCCACUGGGAGUGGGGUGACCACAGAGACCGCCUGGGCUUCCCUCCCUUUCUUCACCAAAGGGCCUUCCAGCUCCUCAGCCACAGCUGCUGCUGCUCCCCCCACUCCUGGCACCUCCUCACUCACAGAGUCUUCCCCAGAGCCUCCCUGGGAUGCUCCCAGCGCUAAGCAGACCGCGGGGAGAGACGCCCCGCCACCCCCAGUGCUGGCCAGACCUGUGGACAAUGACACAGAGGAAUUCUACAUCUGA